AGGAGGAUACGCGAUCCAAGCUAAGGGGGGUUGUUUUUGAUGUUGAUGGGACGCUGUGUAGGUGAUAUCGACGGCCGAGUCGUUUUCAUCUUAUCUUUCUCAAGCUUCCACAGUUCAGUUGCAUCAUUUAUUGUUAUUUCCUUAUCUUCUACCUCUCUUCGGUCAGUUGUUGUAAUUACUGCGGCCGCUAGGCUGUCUAGUUCCCUUCUCCUCAAAUCGAAAAAUCUUGAAAAGUCUCCUAUCGUAUCAUGUUCUGCCCGUAGCUAUUGACCACACUAACCAUCAAUACACAAAAGGCGAGCCUCAGAACUACAUGUUUGGCCAGAUGAGAGCUACCCUCGGCAUCGAGAAACCAACCGACAUCCUCGACCACAUCUAUACGCUCCCCGAAGCCGAGCAGGAGACCGCCAUGGAGAAAAUCCGCCAAAUCGAGCGCAACGCUAUGAAAGUCCAGAAGCCGCAAGUCGGGCUCGUUGAACUAAUGGACUAUCUCGAUUCCCGUGGGAUUCGAAAGGGAAUAUGUACCAGGAACUUCGACACCCCCGUCUCCCAUCUGCUGACAACAUUUCUCCCUUCCCACACCUUCGAACCAAUUAUAACGCGCGACUUCCGCCCACCCAAGCCUUCGCCAGCAGGUAUUCUGCACAUCGCCAAGAAAUGGAACCUAACCCUACCACCAUCAUCAGAAUCCCCCAACGAGGUUCAAGGCGACGCGUCCCAUCUCAUCAUGGUAGGGGACAGUAUCGACGAUAUGACGGCAGGCCAUCUCGCGGGUGCGGCGACGGUGCUGCUGGCUAAUGAGGCGAAUCGGGAUCUUGCGGAACAUCAGCACACAGAUUUGGUGGUGCGGAGGUUAGAUCAGCUAAUUCAGGUGUUGGAGGAGGGGUUUGAGGGACAGAUUCCGCGCGGGGAUGAGAGUCCGGAUACGAGGAGGCAGGUUGAGGGGGUGUUGAAGGGGGAUAUCAGGGAUGGGACAUAAUUAGCCAUGGUGCCUAGCUUGUGUUAUAUCAUGUUAGGCCUUCAUGGGGCUCAAGCCUUGUGUGUGCAUAUAAGGAACUUCGAUCAAGAGAUAUUACAGACAACAGUUCCUAUCAUCUGUAGACUACAGUACCACCCAGG